CAACUACAAACCACAAAUCAACACAGAUGUCAGAUAUUUUUAUCCCCAGCUGACAACGUGCACUGUGCAGACUGCAGAUUGCAGGAUAAAAUUGAGCUUGGAAUUCGGAUGUGUGGCUUAUUUACUGGUUUGUGGCUGGCUCGAAUUUAAAAAUAUUUGAUUAAAUCACAUACAACAAAACUCUCAGUAAUUUUUAAGAAGAAAAUCAGAGUCAUAGACCCUACAAACAUAUAUAGUUAAAGCAGUAGUAGGGGCCAUCAAUUGAAGUAUAGAAACCGACAAGUAGAAUAUACAUAAGUUGAAAAUCAGGACAAUAAUCUAUAAAAGAUAUAUAUGUUAAAAAUGGGUCACAAGACUCUCACAUUCGUCACGGGAAAUGUGAAAAAAUUAGAAGAGGUAAGAGCUAUAUUGGGCCAUGAUUUCCCAUUUGAAGUGGUAAAUCAUAAGUUAGAUUUACCAGAGUUACAGGGUGAAAUAGAUGAGGUUUCAAUAAAAAAAUGUCAAGAAGCAGCCAGCAAUUUAAGAAGGCCUGUAUUUAUUGAAGACACAAGUCUUUGUUUCAAUGCGUUGAGUGGACUUCCCGGCCCAUAUAUUAAAUGGUUUUUGGACAAGAUUAAACCUGAAGGCUUGCAUAAGAUGCUUACUGGGUGGGAGGAUAAAUCAGCAGAAGCAGUUUGUACCUUUGCAUACUGUUCUGGUUUUGGUGAUAGCUCAGAAGUGGUACUUUUCCAAGGUAUCACUAAGGGCACAAUUGUUUCUCCAAGGGGUAGCAGAGAUUUUGGAUGGGACUGCAUUUUUCAACCUGAAGGCUAUGAUAAAACUUAUGGUGAACUACCAAAAGAGGAGAAAAACAAAAUAUCUCAUAGGUAUAAAGCUUUAGAUAAAUUAAGGAAUCAUUUCUUAAAAAAUGAACUUUAAUAUUUUUUCUAUGAAAUUGUGUGUAGUCUGGGUAGGGAGACAAAAUAAAAAUUGAUUGCAAAUUACAGAAAAACGUAUAAAUACAAUGAUCAUCAAGAUUCGCUAUAUUCAUUAUACAAGUCAUACAAUUUUUUUUUUCUGUGCCUACCCAACUCAAGAUAAUAUU